AUGGAGCGUCCCGGUUUCAUCGAGACCCCAGGUCGUCGGGUUACUCGCAGCAGUGCUGUGGCCUCAGAGACAAACACAGAUGACACAUCCGACUCCGCGGUCGACAUGAUGAGAGGGCCUAAAUCUGCGACUCGUAGACGCACCUCCGGAAAGACCAAUGCUGAGGACAUCUCGGAGGAGGAACCCAAAACAGCUGCGACAAAUGGACAUGCCAUCUCGACCGAGAAGAAACCUCGAAUCGUCGACGGUUGGGAAGAGGGCAAGGAUCCCAAAGUUGAUUAUAGUGGACACUUUGAGUUUGGUGGCUCCUGGGGUGUAUUAUCUAUGAUGAUCGGGUUUCCAAUGCUGAUGUACUACAUGUGGAUUGGUGCCGUUUAUUACGAUGGCAAGUUCCCUCGCGCCUCGGAAGGACAGAGCACGUUGGCUUUCAUCACGCACCUGGCCAACUUGGUCUACGUGGGUGCUUUUCCUUCCGUCAAGGCCUGGGCCAUCUAUUGGGCGUUUUUCCUCUUCGAGGGUGCUUGUUACUUGCUCUUACCAGGCAUCACUGUCAUGGGUCGCCCUCUGCCGCACCUCGGAGGAAAGCAACUGCCAUAUUUUUGCUCUGCCGUAUGGUCUUUUUACACGAGUAUCUUGCUGGCUUUGACACUUCACUUUACCGGUGUUUUCAAACUGUAUACUAUCAUCGACGAGUUUGGUCCUCUAAUGAGUGUCGCCAUCCUCUCGGGAUUUCUUGUGUCUUUCGUUGCAUACUUCUCGGCUUUGGCACGUGGAGCUCAACAUCGCAUGACUGGUUAUCCCAUAUAUGACUUCUUCAUGGGGGCCGAACUCAAUCCCCGGAUGUUCGGAAUUUUGGACUUCAAGAUGUUCUUUGAAGUCCGCCUCCCUUGGUAUAUCCUCCUUUUUGUCACUAUGGGUGCUGCAGCCCGGCAAUACGAAGUAUACGGCUACGUCUCUGGAGAGGUAGGGUUCCUUUUGAUGGCGCAUUUCCUGUACGCAAAUGCCUGCUCCAAGGGCGAGGAGUGUAUAGUGUCAACCUGGGAUAUGUACUAUGAGAAAUGGGGAUUCAUGCUGAUUUUCUGGAAUCUUGCUGGUGUACCUUUGAGCUACUGCCAUUGCACGAUCUAUCUUGCCAGCCAUGACCCGGCGACCUAUCACUGGAAUCGCUAUUUCUUGACAAUCCUCUAUAUCGCAUAUCUCUUUGUGUAUUGGGUUUGGGAUACUACCAACAGUCAGAAGAACCGUUACCGUCAACAGGAGCGUGGAACUAUGGUCUUCCGGAAUACGUUCCCACAGCUUCCAUGGCAAACAUUGGAAAACCCCAAGACCAUCACGGCUGAAGAUGGCUCCAAGAUCUUGGUGGACGGUUGGUACGGCAAAGCUCGUAAGAUCCACUACACUUGCGAUCUUUUCUUUGCAUUGAACUGGGGUCUUAUCACUGGCUUCAACAGCCCAUUCCCUUGGUUCUACCCUGUUUUCUUUGCAUGCAUGAUCUCUCACCGUGCUUUGCGAGAUAUCCAGCGCUGUCGCAACAAAUACGGCGAAGCGUGGUUAGAGUAUGAAAGACGAGUCCCUUAUCUUUUCAUUCCUGCAGUCCACCUGCCAGAGUGCUCGGAGUUCUUUGGGGACUGGAUGAGUAUCUAUGUAUUCCAUCCCACGAUCCCUGGGUAUCCAAAGGCCCGAUUCCCUGGUGUAGUUGUAUUCAGUGAGAUCUACCAAGUGACUGGACCUGUGUCACGGUUUGCUAGGCAGAUCGCUGGCCAAGGAUAUAUUUGCGCUGCUCCCUCUAGCUAUCACGAAUUCACUGGCCCAGAGCCAUUGGAAUACAAUGCCGAGGACACGGAUAAAGGGAACAACUGGAAAGUAAGCAAGAAACUGGCUGCAUACGAUGAGGACGCAUCACUGUGUGUAGACUAUCUCUUGUCACUGCCCACAUGCAAUGGCCGUGUGGGCGCGACGGGUAUGUGUCUUGGUGGCCAUCUUGCGUACCGCUGUGCGUUAGAUAGUCGAGUUAGGGCGGCAAUCUUCGGCAAAAACGAUAACCAUGUCCCACCGGAAGGAAGAGACCUGAUUCGCAAAACACUUCAUGACAAGGGGGUCUUGUUUAGCUUUUACGAGGUGGCCUGGGCUCAGCACGCAUUUAUUCGUGAUGAACUCAGCAAGGGACGAUAUGACCCCGCCAUCACCAAAGUUUGUUUUGAGAUGCUACUCGAGCUAUUUGGACGGACCCUGAAACUGGAUCUGGGUGAGCACGAUGGUAAGGAAUUGGAGAUCGAGGAUGUAUGCUAA